AGGCAAUAUUUAGAAAAAGAUGAGGGUGCCAUUAUUUUUGGAUAAUGAUUAUAAGUGAAUGAAAAAUAAUAAGUUUAAAAUGUAUUUGUUAUUUUAGUUUAAUAAAUUUUCAUUCUGAAACUUCAAAUGAAUUGCCAAAAUGCUAAAUGCAAUAAGGAUAUACCUUAUAAUUCAAUAUUAAAUGGAACUCAAGUAAGCUGUGAUAGCUGCUCAAAUGCAUUUUAUUGUUCAAUAAAAUGUAGAGAUUUUGAUUGGUAUUAAAUGAUAAGUAAUUUGGUAGGGAAGGAUACCAUUAUUUAGUUUGUAAUGGUUUGUUUGAAUCAGUUCCUAAACUAUCUUUAAGUUAAUUGAAUUAUGAAAUGAAUUUAAUAGGUUCAGGAAGUUUUGGGUAAGUUUAUUUAAAAUAACUGAAUGGAUAUAAUUUUGCAAUAAAAAAAAUAAAUAAAUAUAUUGGGAACAGGGAACUCAAAAUUCAUAAGCUUCUUAAGCAUAAAUAUAUAAUUUAAUUAUUAUAAUUCAUAGAGAAAGAGGAUGAUUUAUAUUUAGUACUGGAAUAUGCAAGUAUUUAAUAAUAAAAGUUUAGAAUAUGGGCAUUUGACAACAAGUUUGUAAAUCGAUCCAAAAUAGGUAGUUUUAUAAUUAUGUAAUGCUUUGUAAUACCUCCAUUAAUAAGGAAUAAUUCAUAGAGACAUAAAGCCAAGCAAUGUCUUGAUAGAUCAUAGAAAAAAUGUGAAAUUAUGUGAUUUCGGUUUGGCUACUCAUAUAGACAUAAUUAGCAAUUUUAGUGGUACCUAUGAGUUUAUGGCUCCUGAAAUUUUAAGGAACUAUCCUUAGUCUUAUUCUGUAGAUAUUUGGAGUUUGGGAUGUUUACUUUAUUGGAUGUUAGAAAAAAAACCAAUAAUAACAGGUAAGGACUAAUGAUAAGGUAGGUACUGAGGCAGAAAUGAUAGAGUAGAUACUUAUUUUUACAGAGCCAAAGUUUACAAUUGUUGAUUAAUGUGCAAAAGACUUAAUUUUGAAGAUGCUUAAUCCGAAUCCUAAUGAGAGAAUUUCUUUAAAUUAGAUAUUCAUGCAUCCUUUUAUUACUAGAGAAGAUUAAAUUAAGAUGAAGGUGGAAGAAUCUUCAAAUUCUUAUUCAGAUGAAACAUAAACAAGUUAUCAAACAUAAUAAAUAGUAUCUUAAUAAAAAAAUAACAGCACAGAUAGAUCUGUGUUAUAGAAGAUUGCUAGUUUGUUUACUUGUAUGGGUAGAGAUAAAUGAAUUAAAAUGACUA